GACAAGUUCCCACAGCCGGCUCGCCGGCGGGGGCGAGGCGGGGGCUCGCCCACCUCCUCUGCAGCUGCCGUGUGCCCCGAUUGUACUCUUCUUUUCCCUCGUGGAGGAAAACGGACUCACUAGGCUGAGGAAAAUGCCAAUUAUCUGGAUGUGACCGUGAAAAGAGAACGUGUGACUGGAGGAGGCAGAAGAGAAGGAAAAGCAUUAUUUGAAGAGAAGAAUAAACCAGGCACUCCAACCCUUUCUGCAAAUUAGCGCUAUUACUUCUGGGGUCCAUCUCUUUUAUUACCCCCCCACCCCCAUUAAGAAACCUUGACUUGAGGGCCAAGAGACAGCCCCCUACAACUGGGCACCCUUCUGGGUUGGAAGACCUUUUGGAUGUAGCGUUGGUGGAACAUUUUAUACACUCUCCUCUGGAAAAGCCACCAUGAAUUCUGUAGCUGGGAAUAAAGAGAGGCUUGCGGUCUCCACCAGGGGCAAGAAAUACGGGGUGAAUGAAGUCUGCUCGCCCACCAAGCCCGCGGCACCCUUCUCCCCGGAGAGCUGGUAUCGGAAAGCGUACGAGGAGUCGCGCGCCGGAAACCGGCCCACCCCUGAGGGCGCGGGUUCGGCCCUCGGCUCAUCGGGGACCCCGUCCCCAGGCUCGGGCACCUCGUCGCCGAGCUCCUUCACGGGCUCCCCGGGCCCCGCCUCCCCGGGCAUUGGCACCAGCUCGCCGGGCUCCCUGGGCGGUUCGCCAGGCUUCGGCACGGGCUCCCCGGGCUCGGGCAGCGGCGGCGGCUCCUCCCCCGGCUCGGACCGCGGCGUCUGGUGCGAGAAUUGCAACGCCCGCCUGGUGGAGCUGAAGAGGCAGGCUCUGAAGCUGCUCCUCCCGGGGCCCUUCCCGGGCAAGGACCCUGCUUUCUCGGCUGUGAUUCAUGACAAGCUCCAGGUCCCCAACACCAUCCGGAAGGCAUGGAAUGACAGGGACAACCGCUGUGACAUUUGUGCCACACACCUGAACCAGCUGAAGCAGGAGGCCAUUCAGAUGGUGCUGACCCUGGAACAGGCGGCCAGUAGCGAGCACUUCGACGGCUCACCUGGCUCGCCCCCACCUCUCUCCAAUAUCCCCGCUCUGGUGGGGUCCCGGCAUGUGGGGGCGCUCCAGCAGCCCAGAGAUUGGGCUUUUGUGCCUGCCUCCUAUGCCUCCUCCAACUACACAGCCUUCGUCACCAAUAAGCAUAGCAGCAAACCCAACAGCCUCGGGGUCAGCAAUGGGGCGGAGAAGAAGAGUGGGUCUCCGACCCACCAGGCCAAGGUCAGCCUCCAGAUGGCCACCAGUCCCAGCAACGGGAACAUCCUCAACUCAGUGGCCAUCCACGCUCACCAAUACCUGGAUGGAACCUGGUCCCUGUCGAGAACCAACGGGGUCACCCUGUACCCCUACCAGAUUUCCCAGCUGAUGACAGAGACUGGCCGGGAGGGCCUGACAGAGGCGGUGCUGAAUCGCUACAAUGCGGACAAGCCUUCAGCCUGCAGCAUCCCCGCCUCGCAGGGCUCCUGCGUGGCCAGUGAGACCUCCACGGGCACCUCGGUGGCCGCGUCCUUCUUCGCCAGAGCUGCCCAGAAGUUAAAUCUAUCUUCUAAGAAGAAGAAACAUCGACCUUCCACUUCCUCUGCUGCCGAGCCACCCCUCUUUGCCACCAGCUUCAGUGGGAUCCUGCAGACGUCCCCUCCCCCAGCCCCACCCUGCCUGCUGAGGGCCGUUAACAAGGUGAAGGACACGCCAGGCCUGGGCAAGGUUAAAGUCAUGCUUCGCAUCUGUUCCACAUUGGCUCGCGAUACCUCCGAAUCCAGCUCUUUCUUAAAGGUGGACCCACGGAAGAAGCAAAUCACCUUGUAUGAUCCCCUGACUUGUGGAAGUUUAAAUGCCUUCCAAAAGAGAGGGAACCAAGUUCCUCCUAAGAUGUUUGCCUUUGAUGCAGUUUUUCCACAAGACGCUUCUCAGGCUGAAGUGUGUGCUGGAACCGUGGCAGAGGUGAUCCAGUCUGUGGUCAACGGGGCAGAUGGCUGUGUGUUCUGUUUCGGCCACGCCAAGCUCGGAAAAUCCUACACCAUGAUCGGAAAGGAUGAUUCCAUGCAGAACCUUGGCAUCAUCCCCUGUGCCAUCUCUUGGCUCUUCAAACUGAUAAAUGAACGGAAAGAAAAGACGGGAGCGCGUUUCUCAGUGCGGAUCUCAGCCGUGGAGGUGUGGGGCAAAGAGGAGAACCUUCGGGACCUGCUGUCGGAGGUGGCCACAGGCAGCCUGCAGGACGGCCAGUCCCCGGGCGUGUACCUGUGUGAGGACCCCAUCUGUGGCACGCAGCUGCAGAACCAGAGCGAGCUGCGGGCGCCCACCGCCGAGAAGGCUGCCUUCUUCCUGGAUGCUGCCAUCGCCUCGCGGCGGGGCAACCAGCAGGACUGCGACGAGGACGACCACCGCAACUCGCACAUGCUCUUCACCCUGCACAUCUACCAGUACCGCAUGGAGAAGAGCGGGAAGGGGGGAAUGUCUGGAGGCCGCAGCCGCCUGCACCUCAUUGAUCUUGGCAGCUGUGUGAAAGCUCUUAGCAAAAAUCGGGAAGGAGGCUCAGGGCUGUGCCUCUCGCUGUCCGCUCUGGGCAACGUCAUCCUGGCUCUCGUCAACGGCAGCAAACACAUCCCAUACAAAGAAAGCAAGCUCACCAUGCUGCUGCGGGAGUCCCUGGGGAACGUCAACUGCCGCACCACCAUGAUUGCGCACAUCUCGGCCGCCGCCGGGAACUACGCCGAAACCCUGUCCACCAUCCAGAUCGCCUCGAGAGUCUUGAGGAUGAAGAAGAAGAAAACGAAGUACACAUCAAGCUCCUCUGGCGGGGAAAGCUCCUGUGAGGAAGGCAGAAUGCGCAGGCCCACCCAGCUGAGACCCUUCCACGCCAGGGCCGCGGGGGAAUCAGACUUCCCGAUCCCCCACCUGUCCAGUGACCCCGACUACUCCUCCAGCAGCGAGCAGUCCUGUGACACAGUCAUCUACAUUGGGCCGAACGGCACGGCCCUCUCUGACAAGGAGCUCACCGACAACGAGGGGCCCCCAGACUUUGUCCCUAUCGUGCCAGCCCUGCAGAAGACCAGGGCCGACAGCCGGUCCACGGAGGCCGGAGAGGCCGCGGCCAGCAAGUCAGAAAGAGACUGCUUGAAGUGCAACACAUUCGCCGAGCUGCAGGAGAGACUGGAUUGCAUCGACGGCAGCGAGGAGCCCAGCAAGUUCCCUUUUGAAGAGCUGCCCGCCCAGUUUGGGGAAGAGCAGGCAAGCAAGAGUCUCCCAUUAAGCCAGGCAGCUGGGGCGGGCCUGCUCUGUGAGUCUGAUAAAGAAGAUGACGGGUCAGAUGACCCACUGACCAACAGAGAAGGCGCUGAGCCCCCGGCCUCCAAGGUGCAGAGGAAUCAUUCCCCCGUCCCUGCCGCACUGCUUACCAGCAGCCCCACCCCUGCUUCGCCCAGGAGCAUCCCUGGCAGCAGCAGCCAGCACAGUUCUUCCCAGCUCGUGCAGAGCCCCAGCCUCCAAAGCAGCCGAGAAAGCCUGAACUCCUGUGGCUUUGUAGAAGGCAAGCCCAGGCCAAUGGGCUCCCCGAGGCUGGGCAUCGCCAGCCUGUCCAAGACCUCAGAGUACAAGCCAGCCAGCUCUCCUUCCCAGAGAUGCAAAGUCUACACCCAGAAGGGUGUCCUGCCUUCUCCAGCCCCACUGCCAACCUUGAGCAAGGAUUCCGGCAUGGUCUCUACUGAGUCCCUGCUGCAGCCCGAGGUACGUACACCCCCGGUUGGAAUGAGCCCCCAGGUUUUGAAGAAAUCCAUGUCUGCUGGGAGCAAAGGGUUCCCAGAAACCCCUGUCGAUGACGAACAUCAGGCAGCAACUUCUCCAGAUUCGAAGAAGGAGAUACUGAGCACCACGAUGUUGACAGUGCAGCAGCCCCUGGAACUGAACGGUGAGGACGAACUGGUGUUCACCCUGGUGGAGGAGUUAACCAUCAGCGGGGUCCUGGACAGCGGCCGCCCCACCAGCAUCAUCAGCUUCAACAGCGACUGCUCUGUGCAGGCCUUGGCCUCGGGCUCCCGGCCCGUCAGCAUCAUCGGCAGCAUCAGUGAGGACCUGGAGUGCUACUCCAACGUGGCUCCAGUCUCCGAGGUCAGUAUCACCCAAUUCUUGCCCCUCCCGAAGCUGAACCUGGACGAGAAGGCCCGGGAGGCAGGAAGCAGGCGUUCCUCCAUCAGCUCCUGGCUGAGUGAGAUGAGCACAGGCAGUGACGGCGAGCAGCCCUGCCAUAGUUUCAUCGCUCAGGCGUGUUUCGGGCAUGGGGAGGCAAUGGCAGACCCCCCAGCCUCGGAGUUUGUCAGCAGCAUCCAGAACACCGGUGUGGUAUGUCGAGAGAAGCCCAGGGCAGGCCCUGACAAUUUGCUCAUCUUGUCUGAAAUGGGGGAAGACUCUUUCAACAAAGCAACCCCCAUCAAAGGCUGCAAGAUUUCCACCCUGGGCAAGGCCAUGGUCACCAUCUCUAACACGGCCAGUCUGAGCAGCUACGAAGGGUACAUCCCCAUGAAGACCAACAUUACAGUUUACCCCUGCAUCGCCAUGAGUCCCCGGAACAUCCAAGAGCCUGAGGCGUCCAUUGCUACUGUUAGCUCAGUCCCCAGAGCAGCCCAGUCCCAGGAGAGCAAGGAAACCAAUGCAAAGAAAGAGAUGAAAUUUGAGGACCCCUGGCUGAAACGAGAAGAGGAGGUAAAAAAAGAGAAUGCUUAUCCCAGUGAAGAAGGGAUUAGGUAUGAGACUGCCACAGGCCCCCCAAAGCCUGAGGCCAGAGCAGAACAGGACAGGAAGGCCAGCCCAGGCGACAGGCUGAGCAGCAGCAGCGGUGAGGUAUCUGCCUCUCCCGCAGCUGACAACUUCAGGAGGGUGGUGGAUGGCUGUGAGAUGGCCCUGCCCAGUGUGGCUGUCCAGAGCCCUGUGCAUCUUAACAAAAGCCUGAAGUCAAGCAGCCUUCCCAGGGCUUUUCAGAAAGCCAGCAGGCAGGAGGAGCUGGACGGCCUCUUCUACCACUGCACUGCAGAGACCAACGGCAUCGGCUUGGCUUCCGGCACCCAGCCCUCCAAGGCCACCCUGGAGAGGAAGGUGGCAUCACCCAAGCACUGUGUCCUGGCUCGGCCCAAAGGGACUCCCCCACUGCCCCCAGUCCGAAAGUCCAGCUUGGACCAGAAGAACCGGGCCAGCCCCCAGCAUAGCACCUGCAGCAGCAGCUCCAGCAGCCCCUUGAACCAACCUGCACCCUUCUUGGCCAGCUUCACGGAUGAGCCAAGCAGCAAGAUGAAGGAUGCCAGUAGCAGCAGCAAGCUCUUCAGUGCCAAACUGGAGCAGCUGGCCAGCAGGACCAACUCACUCGGCAGGACAACGGUCAGCCACUACGAAUGCCUCUCGCUGGAGAGGGCCGAGAGCCUGUCCUCCAUGAGCUCCCGGCUGCUCGCGGGCAAGGACAGCACCAUGCCCCGCACCGGGAGGAGCCCGGGCCGCAGCGCCGGGGCCUCGCCCACCAACCCCGGCCCCACGCAGUCGGCGGGGGCCUCGCCCAAGGCCAGCCAGUCCAAGAUCUCCGCCGUGAGCAAGCUGCUCCUGGCCAGCCCCAAGGCGCGCAGCUUGUCCACCUCCACCACCAAGACCCUGAGCUUCUCCACCAAGUCCCUGCCGCAGGCGGUGGGCCAGAGCUCCGGCCCGCCCCCCGGCGGGAAGCCCAUGUCCUGGUCCACGCAGUCGCUGAGCCGGAGCAGGGGCUCGGGCCUGGCGUCCAAGCUGCCGCUGCGGGCGGUGAACGGGCGCAUCUCGGAGCUGCUGCAGGGCGGUGCGGGCCCGCGGGGGCUGCCGGGGCGCGCGGGGCCCGAGGCGGAGGAGCGCGCGGCCCCCGCCGACGAGCGCCCGGGGCCCGGCGCCCCGCUGCCCUCGCCCUACAGCAAGAUCACGCCGCCGCGCAGGCCCCACCGCUGCAGCAGCGGCCACGGCAGCGACAACAGCAGCGUGCUGAGCGGGGAGCUCCCGCCCGCCAUGGGCAAGACGGCGCUCUUCUACCACAGCGGCGGCAGCAGCGGCUACGAGAGCAUGAUGCGCGACAGCGAGGCCACCGGCAGCGCGUCGUCCGCCCAGGACUCCAUGAGCGAGAACAGCAGCUCCGUGGGCGGGCGCUGCCGCAGCCUCAAAGCCCCGAAAAAACGCGCUAACUCAGGUUCUCAGAGACGGAGGCUCAUCCCAGCACUGUCCCUUGACACCCCCUCCCCGGUGAGAAAACCACCCACCAGCGGGGGGGUCCGCUGGGUGGACGGCCCCUUGCGCAGCACCCAGAGGGGCCUUGGGGAACCUUUUGAGAUUAAAGUCUAUGAAAUCGACGAUGUGGAGCGGCUGCAGCGGCGACGAGGGGGCAACAGCAAGGAGGUCAUGUGCUUCAAUGCGAAACUGAAAAUCCUGGAGCAUCGCCAGCAGAGAAUCGCGGAGGUCCAAGCCAAGUACGAGUGGCUGAUGAAGGAGCUGGAGACGACGAAACAGUAUCUGAUGCUGGAUCCCAACAAGUGGCUCAGUGAAUUUGACCUGGAGCAGGUCCUGGAGCUGGAUUCCCUGGAGUACCUGGAAGCGCUGGAGUGCGUGACGGAGCGCCUGGAGAGCCGCGUCAACUUCUGCAAGGCGCACCUCAUGAUGAUCACCUGUUUUGACAUCACCUCCAGGCGCCGCUGAAGGGAGCCGCCGCCGCCGCCGGCCCGCCCCGGCCCGGCCCUCACUCCAGGAUCCGAUCCACAGCCGGCAGCACUCGGCGGGCCCUCGGUGCCGGCGGCGUGCAGAGACACGGAACGAGGACGAAGGUCGGUGGCAAGUCUGGAGGGAGCGUGGAGCGGAAGGCGAUUUUUCUUUUGUUCUCCGUAGGCAAGAUGCAGACACCAAACACGCGGGAGAGGAGACAAUGAUGGGAAGCCCAAGGGACGUGGAAGACCAGUGAGACUGAAAAAGCACUUUGAGGAACUUUAAAGAACUUGUUUGUACAUAAGAACUGCCGGCAAAAGAGACCUCACACUUCUCCUGGUUUGUGAGAAAGGGCAAGGGUGGAUGUGGGAUUGCGGUGGAAAGCGUAAACAAAACAACAACAAAUUACCCCGAAUGACUGAUUAAGUGCCUUGCAAAUCUUUAUUAUUAUCCAAACAUUUAUGUUCAUAUGUUCUGGUGUACAGAUGGUGCUAGUCAAGAUGAAAACAACAACAAAACAAACACAAAAGAAAAGCAAACACAUUUUUGCAAUGUAUUUACAGCUCGUUUUCUCUUGGUGUUUUACCCUAUUUCUGACUUGCUGUUUCUAAGUAAGUUGUGUUUGUAGAGCUAUUUCCUAAUCAGUAUUGCAUAUGAAUCAAUGUUACCUGUCUGUUUUGGUUCUGCUGGGAAGGCCAGACAGAAGAUGGAGACUUCAGGCACCAGCCAGUGUGUUUCCAAAGAAGAUUGGAACAGCAGGUGAUGCUCGACGCCACCUCCCAUGAGCGGCAGGGUCAGCGGGCAGACCUGGGGUCGAUCAUGGAGCAGGUGUACGUGAGCUUGAGAGAAAGGAGCGGAGAGAGGGGUGCGUCUUUAAGGUGAAAGGAGCCUUUAGGAUCAGGCCCUGCUUACCCUUUGGAUGGGAUGUUCUGAAUAGUUUCCCCUCCAAGUCCUGACGCACGUAUACUAGUUACUUACCCACAAAUCCAAGGUUUUUCAUGGCCCUGACAACAUUUUUCAUCUUUGUUUUUAUUCCAAAGACUCUGGAGUGAGAGCUUGAACCAAUUCAACAGAGCCAUAUUUUUUUCUUCUCUAGUUUUGCAAAUUUAUUAGCGCAGAAGAUGUUUCCCAGUUUGGAGACCUUCUCGGGCUUGUAGAUGCUCAGAAACCCCAACAAUAUUACCAUAGAACAAGGAAGGAGGGGGAGGGUGGCACAACUUUUUGUUUUCCGGAGUGCGGCUUAAAUACAAGAAGUCCCAGCUCUCUUGUGCACCAAAGCCUCCAUCCCAAGAAAGGACCAGGUGUGGCCCUUCAACCUUGGCACCUGAAGACAGAGAAAGGUUUCCUGUUGUACACCACACAUGCAGGGCACGGAGUGUCAUGCAUAUGGAUGUACAGGGCUUGACUCCAGGAACUUCGGAGCUCAUUGUCGAACUGAGUUGUUCAUCCCUGCCACAGUUCCUUUAGGGAUUAUCAUUCCCGCUUGAGUGAUGGAAACCCAAGGCACAGAAUGGUCAAGGCAUUGUCUGAUAACAGCUGUGGAUCAGCUGGGUGUUUGCUUACCUUCCAGGUCAAGGCCCUCUCCCAGGCCCCUGCAGCCUGCUGAUUGAUGGAGGUGCCCAGGGUUUUCUAGAGCACUGUUCUUUUUGCCCUCAAAUGCAGAAUACCUACGUGAGCUAACUUGCAGGUGAGGCAGUCCCGGCUAACCAACUGCUCCCUGGGGAAAAAGAACCUUUUUAUUUCUUUGUCAAUGCUACACAGCUGGAGAAGCUCAGCUGAACUCAGUCAGUGGGAACCAAAGUCUCGUGCUUCCUAGUACCAGUCCUCUACUGGUCAGAACAGGGCAGAGACAGCCCUGAGCAUUAGCAUUAGCCCCAUUAGACUGGAAACCAGCUCCAUGGAUGACAAGUCUGGCUUUGUGUUCCGUUAGAGUUCUCUCCUCUGCAGACGUGCACACAGAAGCUUUGCUCCCAUCUGCUAGCUAAAAUGGGCUAAAAUAUGGUGAAAGGUUACUCCAGAAUGGAUCAUUUCCUCCUCUAGUUUAACAAGUGUGUCUGCCACUUGGGGAGAAAGAGCUCCCUCAUCCUAACCCCAUUCUCAAGGGCAGCCCCCUGGCUCUGGGCACACCUCUGGUCUCAGCACUUGUGUGGAUGGGCGUGUUCAACAGCAGCAUAAAGGAAGCUUCUGGACCUCAAGGGAUGCUAACCUGUUGAGUUCGUUUGGGUUUUCCACUUGGCAUCCCUUUGGUUGCUGGUUUGAAAUAUACCACUUCAUGAAAAACCUUUAAUGUGGGGAUGUUCAAAGGUGAGUAGCCCAGUCUUUGUUGGAAACACAUGCAUCUGAUGAGUAAUCAGUGUCCUUUGUGUUUAUCCUGCCCACGUCUCCGCACAGGUUACCUCGCUGUGCUGCUUUCCUGUGGGGUUCUCAUGCCUUUCCCGGAGUGAGACUAAGUGGAAACAUCUCCAGGGAUUUAAAAUCUUGAUCCGUGAAUCUUUCCUACAGGAGUGGCCUUUGGCUUGCCUCCUGCCUAAACCUGCUUUAUAUGUUUGUAGCAACUUCAUGAGAUAACAAAAGGGUUGAAUGAAAUCAAGAGCUAUCUUACCAAGUCAGAUUGGCCUCCCCAGAUGCCACACCAUGCAGCAUCUCUCAGGGUGCUAUUGGCCGUGGCUUAGGGAAACAACCUGCAUGGAGGUUGUCCAUUCUGGCUCUUUAUUUUCUUUCCUUUACUUGUCUUUUCUAACCUAAGUAAGCUGAAAACAUCUUAACAUACCAAGUAUUGAUAAACCAUGUGAAGAAGUUGUGAAUUCUAUGCUACGAUGUGCUUGUUCCCGGUUCUACCUAUGAGUUGACUAUACAGCUGGUCAGCUGUUCUGAAUUAGUACCAACAACUGAAGAACCCCUCAUUCAAUGACGAGAUGUGUGGUUGGUCCAGGUCUCCUCCUGGUUUUUGUGACAGAUAACCUAGGAGGCAAAAGGAAUGUCAAAGAAUGCAUUAUUCCAUUUCAUUAUCCACAAAUGAAAGGACCAGAAAAAUGUUUAUUUGAAAUGAACACUUAGGCACAGAAACCUUAAUUCUUUGUCUGAAAUCUGCCCCACUCUCUAAAUAGUUUAGUCUGAGAUGGAAGCAUCAGCAGCAGAACAAAGCUCAAAGCCCAGAAGGGGAAAUAGUGAUACUGUCUCCAGGAGUGAAUCCAUAUUGCAUUUCAUGGUGGUGUUUCAUGUUGCAACAGAGUGAGAGUUUGCUUUAUCCUGGGCUUUCAAGCCCACCUGAGAGCUGCAACUUUUGAUCCUCUUGUCCUUGAAUUCCCCUCUCCAUUACGGGGAAGCUGUCUCUAACUUUCAUCUCUUCCAGAUUUGAAAUCAGAACACCCUGUCUGUUGUUUUAGCUCCAGUUGCUAUUCUGAAUGUGGGGAAACUUGAGAAGCAAAUGCAGUGGUCUUUCCUAUGUUGACACAGGUGGGGCUCAUACAAGGGAUCCCAAGCUGGGGAGGGGAGAGAAACUGGGAUAAAAUGCCAUGCAGUCCAGAAUGGGGAGAUUGGCAGGUAGGAAUCUGGCCGUUUGUCAUAAAUUAGUCUUAAGCUUGAAGUUUGUGUUCCUGGAAGGUGGCAGUGACUUCAUUGCAGCCACAAAAACCAUCCACGGUGGUGAUGCAAAAAGUCUGACCCACACACAUACACAUCUUGUGCUGGUUCUCGGAUUUCUGGAUUUCUAUUCAUGUUGAGCAAGAGCCCUUUUCUGUGCUUCAGAUUCUGGUGCCAAUCAUGAAUUUUGGUUAAUCCGUCAGACUUUAUCACAGGUGUUACUAUUUGAAAGCAGUUGUGUGAUCUGGGUUUCCUGGGAUAGAGGCAGGGCUUGCAAGAGCCCAGGCGUUUGUUAGCCUGGUUCUACACACAGCUGCCUGUCAUUGACCACUGUUGCUCUGUAAGCAGGACUCCCAGUAAGUAACGAUGUUGUGAAUGUUUUUAAGUUCCCUGUUCCAAAAAGGGUUUAGGCUAUAAAAGAAAUUAUUACUAAAGAUGAAUUAAUUUCAAAAUUGAAACCAGAAGAAUUCAUGAAUUUACUCAUUGUUCUUUCCUGCUAGAAUAUUAGCCCCACUCUGAGCACGUACUAGAAGAUUUCCUCACUUUUAAAGGCAAUGUAUUUUAAACCCUGAAACCAUGCCAGUAAAAAAAACACAUUGAAAGCCCUGUUCUCGAGGACUUGAUGCUGAAUAAGCCAUCCAUUGGUACUGGCUGUGGGGCCUGCCUGCCGCCACCCGGGCAGUGUGGCCCAUCUUCCCCACAGGGGACUCUCUUCAACACUGCCACACUGAGACUCAACUGCCCAAGUCAAGACAGGCCAGCCAAGCCCGCUUUUCUCUGUGCCAAAGGAAACAAAACUGACACUCAGUUCCACUGACACUGCCAGCAAAUGGUCUAACAGUUUAGGGGAGGAAUGGGGAGGGCAGGUGGUGGAAUAUAGUGUUCCUUUGGGUUAUAAUCUCUCUCCUCCUCCAGCAAAGAUCUGUCAGCAUUUGUGGGUAAAACUCACAAACUGUGUCACUUAGCAAUCCUGACAAAAUACAUAUUUAUUACAAACUGUUCAUCAUUUCCAGAUAAAAGCAGAAUUCCGGUCCAGGAGAAGCUCAUCUUCUCAGGAAAAAAAAAAAAAUCUUUACAAAGUUUCAGAAAGCUGCUUAUCCAUCCCUAAACAAACACAUUCUGCUUUUGGGUGGCCCUGCUCAGAACUGGAGACCAUGGCAUAAUAUUGGACAUAUAGUGGUGCUUGAAAUGGUACCAUGCUUUCAGUGCAUAUGAUUAAUUUCCUCUAAAUGCAAUUCCCAAUGCCCAUAUAUGUAGGGUGAGCGCUGAGGCCCUGGCACUCACACAUCUGUUUUAUGUAAAUGUAGAAAUUACCUUCAAAACUAAAGAGGCUCACUGCCUCAUUCGCCAGACUGCUCACCACAUCCCACAGCAUCAUACUCAGUUUAUGAAGAGGUUAUCAUUUAUUUGUAAACUCAGGAUGUUUUGUAGCGUCGCUUGUGUUUUAUAAUUUAUUAAUACAUUGUGGUUGGAAAUGCUAUCCAAGUGCUAUGUGCAUCGAAGUGUAAGUUUGGUGGAUCUGUGGUGGUUUUUUCUUCUCACUCUAGCAAGUUCUGUUAACAGAGACACAGGCAGGGGUUGGGGGGAGAAGUAAAUCAGGAGAACAAGGAUUAGAGUCCAGUCCUCAAAGUACAGGGCUUAGUUCAAAAUCGAGUUUGUUUCUAUAGUAAGUAAGUAGCUGACGGGGAAAAGAUCCUUCCCUUUUGAACUGGAUGAUAACAGGCUUGGAAAUCAGCCUCCACGGGCCUAAGUGAAGGAGGAUCUGGCCUCUUCCUGCUGGUUGAACACUAAGUUUUUGAGAAGUGCAGACAGUAUUGAGUUCCUACAUUUUCUAAGACACCCCACCCCCUGCCCUGGUGUUACUGAAGGGGGUUUAGAAAAGCAACUGGAGUUCCUUACCUUGGAUAUAGAUAGUACCUGUUUUUUUUCUGGAGAAACCAAAGCACUUUAAUGAGUCUUACAACCCAUAAUACUUAAGGCAUAUUGUCCCCUCACUAGAUCUCUGAGAGGCAGGGAGGGGCUGGGGGCAGUAGUCUCAUUUGAGAGGCAGCUAAACCUAGGAGAGAAAGCCUUGAGCUCGGAGUAAGGAGACCGGGCUCCAGGCCCACUUUCCUCGCUCACUAUGCAACCUUGGGCAAGUCGCUUCACUUUGCUGGGCCUCAGGCUCCCCAGUGGGAGACUGGGGGGUCAUGAUAGCUGCCCUUCCGGGACAGCGUAAAGAGAAAGUGGUAUAGUUGACGGGAAGUGCUUUGAAGGAAUGAAAGCUCUGUGCAGGAGCUGGGGAUAACCAUUUUCGAUGAAGAACCUGAGUCAACAGCCAACGAUUGGCCCAAGUUCCCAGAGCAGUUUUAUAGAACCGGGGCUUGAGUCUGGCAUCCCAGACUGUUCCCAUGAGGUGCUGUCGCACCAGGUAUGUGGAUACGUGGACACGCCACACGUACGUACUGAUGUGUGUGCACGGGGUGUAUACGGAUGCAUGUGUACAGAAGGUAUGUGACAUGGUGGAACAGCACAGGACAAAAACCCUGAGUUCUGACCCCAGUUUUGAUAAGAGUCCUAUGGCCUUGGAGAUAUUAUCCAACUUCUCUGGAACAUGGUUUUCUAGUCUGUAAAAUGAGGACAGUAUGCUAAAUGAUCUUUGUGGUUCUUUCAGCGCUAGUCAUGUAUGUAUGUAUAUAUAAAUAUGCUAAUCUGUAGAAAUGGGCCGAUUUGAAAAUUGGAGGCAAGGCCUGCCCAAGUGCAUUUCUUGUGUCAGAAACAGCAGAUUCGCAAAUAAGUUCAUAAAAAUCUCAUUUUAAAUUCAAUGGUGGUAUUUGAUGUCAUUGUUUUAAAUUCACCAUUUGGAUAAAAGAUUGAUGCCGUUUUCAAAAUUAAGUUCUUAGCUUAGAAGUGUUUGCUGUUACAAAUUUUUCUUAAAUUCAUUUGUUAAAGUCAAGAAGUCAACUAUUCUGUACUUGGGUAGGUCCCGACAACCUAUUUGCAAACAGGCCGGCUUUUGUGUAUGGGCCUUCACCUAGCAAUAUAAGAAAGUUAGCUGUUGGCUUUAUCAUGAUACAUGUGAGCAGGCUACCUGGAGAACAGUCUGGAAAAGAAAGUUAUAGUUCUCAAAAACUGGUGACAUGAAUUCAUUGAGCUGUGUGCCAUUUCCAGUGUGAAGACAUUGUUUGCUGGCUACGAUCUCUGACUUUUUGUGGCAUAUGAGGUGUAAAACGUUGUCAAAAAAGAAUCUGGUGUUUAAAAAGAAUCAAACUAUGGUGGCAUUAAAUGUUCACUUUUCUCCUA